UGUCCAGACCAACAGAGAUUGAUGUUAAGUUAAAGUUGUUUCAUUAAAAGACAGCGGACUGCCGUGGAUCUGCAGUGUCUGAGAAGAGCCCGUCAGCGCUGUAGCUCCGCGACAUUUUAAAGCUGUUUAUGAUGGUUUUGCUGGCUGUGUUGAACGUGCCCCAGACGGUUAGCGUUACUAGCUAGUUAGCUAUGUUAGCCAGCUAGCUAGCCCAGUCGGAGUUGGGUUAGACGAACCUGCCUCUCUGCUGAUUGUCCACGUCAAGGGAAGACACAUGGACACUUGAGACGAAACUGGUAAAUCUGAAACGAAUGAGUUUGGUUUGAUAGCAGAAUCCUUGUUGGCUUUAAUUUUGUCGACAACAACAUGGAAGUAUGGAGAAUGGUAGCUAAACUAGAAUAGCUAACCUAGCCAGCGACAAACGGAAGUCGUGUAGCUCGUUAACGCUAGCCGAAUCCUCCUGUUUUAGUGCGUUGUUGUUGUUGUUGUUGUUGUAGCAUCAUUAUUAGUAAUCUAGCUAGCUGUCUUACUUGUAAAAUUAAUAGUUGACAUGUUUUCACCCUGACUGCCGUUCAGAUAGCUAGUACAUGCGCUAUGUGCAUAUACUGCACCGCAGUCUGGUUCCGGAUAGGCAUGGUUAACAGCAACAGAAACUCGACGCUUUGACACCUGUAGAUAAGGACAAUAAACAGCUCCGACUAGCUAGAUAAUGGUUUCGGAAUUUCAGUAGAAGUGCUUAAUGGCGUCAUGAUGUGUAUAUUUAAAAAUGGCAGUAUAUAAUUUAAUGCAGUCAAAAAUAGCUUGUUCUAUUGCCAGCCUUGUCUAGUCGUAAGCGUACUGCUUCCUUUCUGACGACCAGGCUUCUUUUUAAAGGCUUUGCAGUCGCGCAUCAUAGCGCUUCCCAAAUCCCUCCAUACCACAGUAUUUAUAAGCAUCGCUGCUUUUCCCAGUCGCCUGCCUUUGGUCCUGCUGUAGUUUGGAGACCGAUGGAUUCCCAAAAUACACUGGACUCUUCGGAGAAUAAUCAGGCAAAGAGAGUGGAACAGAGACAACGUUCCCGCCACAGCCACAGGAAGAACACAGAUUCGCCCCUCCAUUCAGAAAAACAGGAAGAGGAGUUUCAUGACGACUCUGAGAGCUUGCCAGUAGACCGGGCUCAGACCAGAACGGGGGAGCCGAGCCUGGACACAGAUCAGGGUCGGGAGCGUCUCUCAGAUGGAGAGCAGAGCAGCGCCUCAUUCUAUUCGGACAAUUAUGAGAACGUCUCUCUGUCUCAGAGGUCCCUGUCUCCACGGUCACUCUCUCCAUCACCACGCAGAGGAGAGAGGCCUCGGAGAGUUGCUAGCAGUCCCUUACAGCGGCCAGGUGUGCAUAAGGGUGCAUCUCGGCGCCCAGGUCCUCAGGCCCCGCCCCAUUACCCACACCCAUGUGGCUUGCGCGCUCAGAGCCUGGGCCGGGAUGCUACACCCAAAGGUGUCAACGCCCCAGCCAAAGGCGUGGACGCGGUGACCAAGCGUGUGCUGUCGGCGCGUGUGCUGCGGAUCAGCGAGCUUCGGAACGCCCUGGCUGAGCUGCGGCUGCAUGCCGACACGCUGCAGCGCGAGAACCACCUUCUGCGGCAGCUGCAGCUCCGCCAGGAAAGGGCGCUGCAGCGGCAUGGGGACGCCGAGGGCGAGGUGGCAGAGCUCCUGGCACGCCACGCCAAUGAGACACGUUCGCUACGCGAGAGGCUCCGCCGCGGGCGGGAGCGGGAGCGCAUGGCCGAGAGCGGCCGCAGGGAGUCUGACGCCCGCCUCCAGAGGUGCCGUGACCGGUUGCACAAGCUGCAGCGUCUGGUCAACGACCAACACCUGGGCGAGAGGGAGGAGCUGGCACGCCAGCUGAGCCUCAUGCAGAGCAGAGCGCAAGAGAGCGAACGUAGAGUGAAGGAGUUGGAGAAGAACAUGGAGUUGAGUAACGGGAGCUUUCAGAGGCAACUGGCCAGUGAGAGGAGGAGAACUCAUGAUGCCCUUCAGGAAGUCCAAGCUCUGCAUGAGGAAGUGGAGAGACUUGGUGUCAAACUAAAGGAGAGAGAGAAGGAGCUGGAUGUUUGGAACAUUUACGCUAACAGAAUGUCGAGAAGAGUUCCAAAGAAAGAGUCAGAGAGCCCCACCAAGAGAAAAGACUCCAGCGGAAGCAGCAGUAAAGCUGUUCAGACUGAAGAGAGGAUGCUCUCCCUGGAGUUACCCCCUCCUCCUCCUGCUAUGACCAACUGCGCAGAGUCGUCCCCUGAUGGUCAGGCUAAUGAGUACCUCUCUCUGAAGCAGCAGCUUCAGAGUAGUGCGCAGACGCAGAAGGUCACUGAAGGACGGAGGAGUCUGGAGAUAAAAAGAGAACGAGAGAAAGAAGAGGUGCAGGAGAGAGAGAUGGAGAACACCUCUGACUGGGAGAGGGAGAGAAGCGGGGAAAGAGAGAGACCUAAACAAAUGCAGAAAGAAGUGGAAAAAUUAAAGGAAGAAUACAGGGAGGAUGAUUUGAGAAUUGUUCAAGAGUUCAAAUCAAAUGAAGAGAGGGGAACGAGGGAAAGGAAUGGGUGGGGCAGAGCGGAAGAAGACAGGAAGAGGUGGCACCAGAGCCAGAAGGAGGAAGAGAAAAAGAAGUUUCAUAAACAAGGAGAAGAAGAAAAGUGGAUGAGAGAACCCGAGCUCCAGGCCAAUCAGGAGGAAGAGCGCCAGCGUAAAGAGAUGCUAUUGGCUAAGAUGCAUGAGAUUGACAUGCAAACUCAGGGCCACAACUCAGACUUCCUCUCAGAUGAGGCAGGAAGCAUUCACUCUCCUCCCCAGUUCUCGGUGUCCCAAAACCAGAAGAAUGGCUCCAUCUUCACCUUCACUGAGCCUCAUGAGGGUCUGAGCAUGUCUGGGGGUGGGAAAAGGGAUGGAGGUCUCAUGACACAGAGAACCAAUGAGGACAUUCACCUUGCCUUUGGCAGCUACACCCCUUCAUUUGGUAAACCUAACCCUCGAGAAGUGCUUGGUCCUCGGAACCCAAGCCAUGCAUCAGGCCAGUUGCCAGGAGAGGAAGACUCCAGGCCGGACCUGAGCAGUCUAGUGAAGGAGAGGAAGUCUAACCUCAUGCAGCAGCUGUUUGGCUCCACAGCCGCCUUUCCCCCUCCUGAUCCAACCGGCAAGAUGGAACUCCUCAGCUCUCCUAGCGAAGCCAGACCUCUAGCGGCAGCCCCGAACGGGCGCAGGCGGGACACGGAGACACCCCAGAGACUGAAGAGCAGUGACCUCUCCACCAGCAGGAACACUCUUCAUGUGUCAGAGGGCCGUCUCGCUGUUAGGGCCAUCACAACAUUCGAUGAUGACAUCGAGGAAGUCACGCUAUGAAAAGAAUAGCCUUCAUUUCCUGAAGUGCAGAUAGGUGUCUGUGAGAGAUUAAAGAUGCUGUCAUACUUUAGCAGAGUCUGUCUUUUAUGAACUUUUUUUCAUAUAAAGCUAUGUUCAGUUGGCAUCACACAGUGGAGUUGCUUUUCUGAUAUUCUCUUAGUUGUUGAAAGAAACUUUCUCUCUUACAUCCUUCAGAAAACCUGUACUGUCCUGGAAGUGUAUAGUGUCUGUACAUGAUGUAGUUUUAAGAGAGUUCCUCAUAUCAUAGAUUAUUAUUACACAUCAUUAUUCUGAGAAAUGGAGUUACAACAUUUUAUAUUUCAGUCAGGGAUUUUUAGAGGCACCCAAAGUUUUUGUUAAUAAGAUAAUGACGUGGUAUAAUUAUUCUGCUUGGAUGUUCGGGGCUUCUCCGUGAAUUUGAACUCUGCUCUGUGUAAGACUGGCAGACUUACGAAGCACUUUUGGUGCAUGCAUGACUGAAGACUGUCUCAAACUUGUACUGGCAUUGUAUGAGCUGCCUAUUCAGGCUGAAGAUCACUGGCCAAUGGAAACAGGCCAGUAGGACUCAUUCACACACAGCUAUGCUCCGAUACCAAGCAACAAAUGAGGGCAGAGUUUCAGAAACAGCAUUGCUGUGAUGAGACUUAACACUUAAGCUAUUUACAGUUCAAAGUUAGUACUUGUUAUAUCAUAUUAUCAUGACAUGUAUGCUAUAGGUUAGCACCUUUUGGAAACCAGUCCUUGAAUGUCUAUAGAAAAAAUGGAUACAUUUCCACUUCCUGAAUGGUCAUGAUGAAUUAGGUGUUAUUUUUUCUGCCCAGACUGCAGCUAGACUUUAGAUAAAUCCUGACAUGUGCUUAGAUUUGUAGCAGAUCUCACGUUUUACCAGGAAAUAGUAUAUUUUAUGUAUAAUGUAUCCUUUAUGAACUGUUUGUUUCUGAAAUGAUACAUUACCCUAUAGUUUGGCUGGUGUGUAAAAUACCAGCUUAUGAAUGUGGAAAGGCUGUUAAGGAUCUGUUGUUUUUAGUUAUUCCCAAAUACUUAUGGGCCUCUGUGAACACUUGUGAUCUGUUUAGCUUAUAUAAUUGAAAAAGAUGCAUUUUUAUUUAUGGACUUUGUUUUUAAUGUACCUGGCAGUCUUACAAUGUAUUAAAAACAAGGCAGAAAUCCAAUAGUGUGACCUGUACUUAAAGUGUCUCAGGGGAAGUCCUACCUGUAAAGAGGCUUUUAUAUUUUUGUAUGCUGAUAAUAAUCACCAUAAACUAAAUAGUGAAAGUAAUUCAGAAACAGUAAUUCAGCUAUGGGGAUGACACUGAAUGACAGCUAGGAACAUUUUAUGUCAUCCUUUGAGUUGAUUACUUAUGUAUUUUAAUAAAUAUUAAAAUAUUUCAGUUACAUAUUCUGUCCUCCUCCUAGUGAUGGAAAGUAAUGUACAAAACCGUCUGAGAAUUAUGUCCAGAGUGCAAAUGCAAAGUAUGUUUUCUUUUGUUUGUUUUUAAAGGCCCACAUACACACUUACAAGCUGUUUUAAAUAAUUAUUUUGAAAACACUAUUUUGCAGUCAGUAUUUGCAAAAUUGUAGGAACAUUCCACUGCAUUAAAGUCUUCUGCUCUGGUA